GCUGGGCCGGGGGACACGGAGGGGUCGCGGGUGGCGCGGGGGCACCCGGAGCUCCCGCGGCGGAGUCCCCGCGGUGCCGAGGGCGGCACCGGACACCGGGAGCGCGGCGGCGGCUCCGCCUCUUCCUGCGGCGGGCGGCAGCGAUGCCCCUGGAGUCCCUGGUGUGUGCCCGCACGGCCACGCGGGUGAGCUCCGUGCUGAACCGGGACGUGAAGCACUUCGGGAAGCAGAACCUGUUCGAUGGCAGCGAGGAGACCUGCUGGAACUCGGGCCAGGGCACAGCCCAGUGGGUCACCCUGGACUUCCCCAGCCCGGUCAGGGUCUCGCAGCUCCACAUCCAGUUCCAGGGGGGAUUCUCCAGCCGGCUGUGCACGCUGGAAGGCUGCAGAACAGGAGAGGAGCUGGUGAAAAUCUCGGAGCUGUACCCGCAGGACAGCCACGCCAUGCAGAGGUUCCAGGUGGAGGAGACGGUGCUGGACAAGCUGAAGAUCACCUUUGGGAGCAGCACGGAUUUCUUCGGGAGGGUGGUGGUUUAUCACCUGGGGGUGCUGGGGGAGAGGCUCUAGGGGGGACCCCGGGGCUGUCCCCACCUCGGGGGCUCUGGAAACCCCCACGGGGGACGUGUGGAAUGGGAUCAAUAAAAGGCAUUCCUGCUUUUUUCCUGGAA